CACGAGCAGGGGUAUUUUAAACUGAACGAGAAGAAGAUAUGAAUUUGAUGAGAAAGAAACAGCUAAAUGGUUAAAGACAUUUUUUUUAUAUAGUAAAAAGGGAAUGGAUGAAUAAUAUAAAAGACCUUUGUUGAUUUGUUUGAAACCUCAGCUCAUCUCCGCCAUGUCGAACUUUCAAUUAAUUUUUUUAAAAUAGACCGCUCGUGAUACAUAUUAUGGCAACGAAAUGUAUGGCAAGCUACCAACGGAAACUUUUCUUUACCUUGUUAUUGUUGUGUGCAACUUUCGUGUUACUGCAACACCGAUUCAAUUAUUUUUCAACAAUAUAUACGACAGUGCAAGCCAAAAGGUUCAUGAAGCAAGCUACGUAUUUACUCUCUCCGGAAAGUGCGGUCGUCCCACUCAAAGACUGGAGCGAAGGCGAAGAAGAAAAGCUUACGAAUGAUUCAUCUUUAGAAGAAAAUCAGUCGGCUACAUGUGUGCCUCAAAAAUACGUUCUGUUUUUAAAAACACACAAGACUGGAUCAUCUACAAUCACAAAUAUUUUGAAUAGAUACGCGGACCAAUAUAAUUUGACUAUCUUGCUUCCCAAAGGUUCUGGAUAUUACUCAUUUGAUUGGCCGAAUAAAUUUCGCCUUUCGUUUGCUACAGAGACAUUCACGAGGCCAAAUUUUUUAGCCAAUCACGCUCGGUACAGCAGAAAAUCAAUGAACGUGUUGUUCCCACGUGAUUCUGCAAUGUACAUAAGUGUAUUGCGUCAUCCAGUCUCCCAAUGGGAAUCCACAUUUCAAUACAUGAGCUUACCUUACAUUCUGGAUAUCAGUCACAAAGAAGACCCGCUGAACUUUUUUCUCAAUAAUCUACCUUCGACUGAAAAUAUUAUAGAGAUAUCGCGACGAUAUCCGUCCCUGUAUUUAAUCCGAAACCCGUUGUUCUUUGAUCUCGGUUUAGAUUAUAAGUACUAUCAGAAUGCAACAUUUAUUCGACAGGCGUUAAAAAUUUUGGACAACGAUUUUGAUUUGAUGCUUAUCAUGGAACAUUUCGACGAAUCUUUGACGUUAUUACGUCGCCGACUGUGCUGGAAUAUUGACGACGUUGUGUACUUUAAAAUGAACGAACGUCUAAAUAAACAUAAACGUCGUGUGCUGUCAGAAUUACAAAUCCAGAAAAUCAAAAGCUGGAAUAACGCCGAUGUUGUGCUAUAUAAUUAUUUCGUCGAAAAAUUUUGGAGAGAAGUGAAGAAUGAAGGUCCGGGUUUUUACGACGACGUCGAAGAAUUAAGACGACGACGUAAACAUUACUCUAAAAUCUGCAUCGAGAAAGAAGCUGUCGAAGAAGCGUACUCGUCAGUGUUCGUGAAAGGUUAUAAGAUGCGCUCGAACCUCACACGUGAUACGCGCGUCUUUUGUGAACGCAUGUUGAAAAAUGAAUUGCACUAUAUGGAUUAUUUCAGGAUGAACCGUGCACGCUUUAUCAACAAACUAGAAGGUGUGAAUAUUCAAAACUUUGAAAUUCCGAUAGGCGAAGUUGAUAUGUAUGUAGAAACAUCGGACAUGAGGAUUUCCGCUUACAAAUAUGGAAGACCUAAACCCACCAAAAAGAUACGAGCAGAAAGAACUUCAAAAAACAUCUCCCACGUGGCAUAUACGAAACAGGCCCUUACGCAAACAAAAUCUGGCCACUCUCAAUAUGAACAAUUUGUUAAUAAUAAUAAUAGCCAGGGUGUAGUAGGUAACUUAAAAAGACUGGAAAAAACUCAGAAACCGAAUAAUCCUGUUGUUGUUGAUGAAUUAUCGACGAUUCCUGAGAAUGUUGUUGACGACGCCUCAAAAGAUGAAUUGAAAUAUGAUGGGAAAACAAUUAUAAAUGCGUCUGCUACCAAUUUUGGUUAUCUUUGAUAUUCAAAUUUCAUUUAUUGGUAUAUUAUACUGUUUAUUUGAAAGUCUUUUCAUUUCAUCAUCAUCAUCAUCAUCAUUCUCGGAUUCAACGUAAUAGCGUUCGCAAAGAUUCUCGUUGGUAAGUUCCUUACGACAGUUGAAAAUUGUUUUUUAUGAUUUUGUAAAAGAAGAGGUAUUUAUUUUUUUUAUGGCAUUUGUGUACGAAAAUAUAUUUUUUAUAUCUUCUAAUGAUUAUUUUGAAAACA